CAAUGUUUUCAUGACUUUAGCAGUUAAUUGUAUUGGUUAAAUAUAUUUAUAUAAUACUGACAGAAUUCAAAGUAUUGAUCUACAUAUCGUGACUGGGAAAACAACGGAGAGAGACAGUGUUAGUUCUGAUAGCGGAAAGUUUUGUGGGAGGAGAUUAUGUGAAGCGUGUCGUCAAAUCACGUGUGAUUAUAACUUUUUGGAUACUAUGUUGCAUUAAAUAUGGGUUCAGGAGUUUCAAGAGAAGAUGAAGAAAAACAAACAAAUCUCAGGGUUAAAGUUCAAGCAGUGACAGCGUUCGAAUUAGCUGGACGUAAACACAGAGAAAAAAGAAAAUCUCCGCUGGAUAAGCGUAAAACAAAACAGAAUGGAAAGAGUGAAGGAAGUAAACAAUCUGGAUGGGAUCGUGCAAGAGAGAAAAGUUUAUCCAAAUUACACGUAAAGGAUACGUCUUUAAGACUUAGUGAUUUCAAUAAGAUUACACGUAAAACUCAAUUAGACGAGGAGGAUAUUAAACCAGUUGACAUUCCAUAUAUAACAUCAGAGAAGGUACAGCCAGAGGAACUCUGCCAUGUAUGCAGCGUCUAUACUGGUCGUGAGACAUACCCUUGUCGGAUAUGCUACAAAGUCUAUCACGAAGGCUGUCUAAGGAAACUAGGACAGUGCAAAGAUCCUGCUUCCUCGGCUUUGUUAAAACGAGCCGUCAAACCUGUUGGAUGGAGCUGUCAUAAAUGUGACAACCUGAGUAAUGUUUUAACAGAAGAAGAAAUGUGUAAUUUAAUGGCAAUGUUUGAACGACACGAAGUCAUGCGAGAUUCCAGUAUAUCAUUAGAAGAUUAUUUAGAUUUUCGAAAAAGAGUGUUUAACGAACUGACUAAUUCUGAAAUGGAACGUGAACAGAUUCAAGAAGAAACUAGGACAUACCAUCGGGUAGAUAAAGAUAGCACUGGGUCUAUCACGUGGUGGGAGUUUCUUAAUUUUGAAACAACACGAAUGUUGCAACAAAGGCAUAAAAACUCAUUGCUACAUUUACUACACAAACGCGAGAUAGAACUAGCUAGACGACUAUUCCAGAUUUACGACGAGGAACAUGGUGGCGUAAUAUCAGAACAGAACGCACGAAAGGCCAUAGCAACAUGGUAUACAUUGUUUCUUGAACCAGACGAAACACUACAUGGAUAUGCAAUAAUGUCACAAGUAAAAACAGAAGAUAUAGGCAAGGUGAUUACAGAAAAUCUAACGUUUACCAUGGACGACGACACCAGCAGCGAAAGGACAAUGUCAUGGAACGAUUACCUAUUGGAGUUAGCAAUAUAUAUUAUAGCGGCACGUUCGAAUCUAAGCCCAGUACCGGUAGAAGGUUCCGAAUGGACUAAAUCUGUAGUUGUGUCAACAGAAAUGGAUUGUGAUCUUAAACGGACUUCAUUAUGAUAUUCACAUGACAAUAUUGUAACAUUGAAGGUUACACUAAAACAUUCCAUGAUGCCAAGACUAUUGCAGUAUUUUAACUUUUAUGCAAUAUUUAACUCUAUGAAAACAUUAAUGUAUGAGAAAGUAAAUGACAGAUUAGCUAAUAUAUCCAUUCAAAAUAUAUCUAUAUAUUUUGAAAGUAUUAAUUGUUGGUAUCAGAAGGGAUAUCAUCGAGUACUCGAAUACUCGAGUAUCGUUCGGUAGAACCGAGUAUCGAAUAUCAAAUUAAUACUGGAUUCCUGUUAGGGCAGUGUCCCUGUUUCCAUAAAUCUGAUUUUCUAGUGAAGCAAAACGGAUGAUUCAACAGUAAUCACUGAAUACUCGCUAUUCUACAUUGCCGUUUAGAAAUGUCUCCGAAAUUUCUUUUUUUUGUUUUACAUCAGAACGGAUUCGCGAGAUGUUUCAUUAAAAGUGGUGAGCUACACACCAGAACAGCUUUUCUGGACCGCAACUGUCAACUCGCUCCGUGUGCCUUUGGUCCUUCCCGCAAUAUCGAUAACGUACUGACUCAUUGUUACACUUUUUGUUUUCCCGUUUUAUAGAUAUAUUACUGAACAAGUGUUCGUGUAUCGCUAGAUAAAACGAGUACUGAAUUAGUAAUUCUUCACCGAGUUGACAUCCUUAAUGUUUACAAUGAUAACAGAAAUAAUAUCCCUUUCACUUACUUUGGUGGCUAUAUGUAAAUUCCGAACGUGCAAAUUUGUUUUUAAUCUGGUACGAAUAGCAUGUAACUACAUAUAUACAUGCUAGCAAUGUACAAUUCUUCUUCAUAUAGUACAAGCAGUAAGCUGGAAAAGAAAACGUUAUGCAGAAUUGCAAAUCCUGGUACAUAUUUCAGUAUGAAACCGCUUGUUUUAUUGUUAUGAAUUAUUGUAAAAACAAUUAAUAAAUAUGCAAGGUA